CAAGUUAAGCGCAGCGCAUGCGCGGUAGGAGUCGCUCAGCCGCCUGACGUCAUGACAUCACUAGAGCCAUCGCCCUAUCCCCGGACCCGAGAACUUCCGGUUUGGAAGGGUCAAUUGUUUUUUCCCUCCCGCCUGCUACCAAGGCCCGCCCCUCGGUGCAUGAUGGGACUUGUAGUGUUUUGAGGCGCCGCCGGCUUGUCACUGACUCAACCUCGCUCAAUCUCGGCGCACAAGGCCUGCUGGGAAGGAGGGACUCGGCGGCGGGGCUGAGGCCGCCAUUUUGAAUUGCGAACCAAUACGGGCGCUGCUCUGCCCUCCGGCGAAGCGGAGCGGACCCUUCUGAGGCAGCGGGAGCCGCCGCCGCAUAGAUGGACACGAUGGCAAGCCCAGGAAAAGAUAAUUAUAGAAUGAAAAGUUACAAGAACAAUGCACUCAAUCCUCAAGAAAUGCGCAGACGGAGAGAAGAGGAUGGAAUCCAGCUUCGGAAACAAAAAAGAGAAGAACAAUUAUUUAAACGCAGAAAUGUUUCUCUCCUGGGAAAUGAAGAGUCUAUGGUAGAAAGCCCCAUCCAGGAUCCUGAUGUCAGCUCUACUGUACCUAUUCCAGAAGAAGAAGUUAUUACAGCUGAUAUGGUGCAGAUGAUUUUCUCAGAUGAUCCUGAUCAACAGCUCACAGCAACACAAAAAUUUAGAAAACUGCUUUCUAAAGAGCCUAAUCCACCUAUAGAUGAAGUGAUACAGAAACAAGGAGUUGUGCAGAGGUUUGUGAAAUUUCUAGAGAGGAAUGAGAAUUGCACUCUCCAAUUUGAAGCAGCUUGGGCUUUGACAAAUAUAGCAUCUGGAACUUUUCUACACACCAAAGUAGUAAUUGAGACUGGAGCUGUUCCAGUUUUUAUUAAGUUGCUUAAUUCAGAACAUGAAGAUGUACAGGAGCAGGCAGUGUGGGCUCUUGGUAAUAUUGCUGGUGACAACGCAGAAUGCAGAGACUUUGUCUUAAACUGUAGAAUACUCCCACCACUCUUGGAAUUGUUAACAAAUUCAAAUAGACUUACAACAACUAGAAAUGCAGUCUGGGCCCUCUCAAACCUCUGUAGAGGCAAGAAUCCACCUCCAGACUUUAGUAAGGUUGCUCCUUGCUUAAAUGUUUUAUCAAGACUGUUAUUUAGCAGUGACCCAGAUGUAUUAGCAGAUGCUUGUUGGGCCCUCUCUUACCUUUCAGAUGGACCCAAUGAUAAAAUUCAAGCAGUUAUUGAUUCUGGAGUCUGUCGAAGAUUGGUGGAACUUCUUAUGCACAAUGAUUACAAGGUGGUGUCUCCUGCAUUAAGAGCAGUUGGAAAUAUUGUGACUGGUGAUGAUAUUCAAACACAGGUAAUUCUAAAUUGCUCUGCAUUACCCUGUCUCCUUCAUUUGCUGAGUAGUCCUAAGGAAUCCAUUCGAAAAGAAGCAUGCUGGACUGUUUCUAAUAUUACUGCAGGAAACAGAGCUCAGAUUCAGACUGUUAUAGAUGCAAAUAUUUUUCCAAUAUUGAUUGACAUUCUUCAGAAAGCUGAAUUUCGCACCAGAAAAGAAGCAGCAUGGGCCAUCACUAAUGCAACAUCAGGAGGUACUCCUGAACAGAUAAGGUAUUUGGUAGCAUUAGGUUGUACCAAGCCUCUUUGUGAUCUCCUGACUGUGAUGGAUUCCAAAAUAGUGCAGGUGGCUUUGAAUGGACUUGAAAAUAUUCUGCGUCUUGGAGAACAAGAAUCCAAACAAAAUGGAAUGGGCAUUAAUCCUUACUGUGCCCUUAUAGAGGAAGCAUAUGGACUGGAUAAAAUUGAAUUUCUUCAAAGACAUGAAAACCAAGAGAUCUACCAGAAGGCUUUCGAACUUAUAGAACAUUACUUUGGUGUGGAAGAAGAGGAUACCAGUAUUGCACCUCAGGUGGAUGAGAGUCAGCAGCAAUUUGUCUUUCAGCAGCAGGAAGCACCAAUGGAAGGGUUUCAGCUAUAACUAUUAAAGUGAAGACAAGGCAAAAAUAUAAAUAUUUGUAACUUUUCAGGGGUCUCCUCUUCAUGGCCAAAGUUA